UUAUUUUUAAAAUUUUGGGUUAUGUUUAUUAACUGAUGAAAAUGGAUUCAAAAUAUAGUGUCCCAAUUAUUCCACAAAAUUCAUAUCAACAUGAAACUAUUAUUCAAAUAGCAGAAGUGUUGAAUCAUUUAACUAAUGUCAGUGAAGCUAUAUUUGGCCAAAUAAGCAGGCGACUAGAAACAAAUAAGGCUAAACUAUCAGAUAUAUCCCAUAGAGUGGAUACUGUCAAUAAAAAAAUUAACACUCUCAGAGGCGCAAAAAAAGCUACACAAGUAUUUUCUAGUAGUAAGUACCCGGCUAGUGAUAUUAAUAAACCUUAUGUUUCGGCGUUUCACGAUGCACCCCAAGUUUUUUUAGAAAAGCAGAAUGUUAGAUUAAAAAAUACUUCAGCAGCUCAAGGACCUUUAGAAAAAUUACUGUUUUACCAUGUUAAUAUUCAACAAAACACUCAUACUAAGUUAGACGGACUAGGACAUACUCCUCAAAGAAUCGAGUUUGUUAAUGAUUUAUUAUUGUACAAUUCUGGCAAGAAUGUGUAUAAAGAUUUUGUAAUUAGUGGGGAAUCAAACAUUCCACAGUAUAUUAAGGAAGAUGAAGAACGGAUAUCAGAGAUAGGUGGUGCUCCACAAUCUAUCAGUGAGAGAUCAACAUUGUCAAAAGCUCAAAAGCAAGAUUACUUUUAUUCUCCUCAAAUUGGAGAAGUGCCUGCCUUGGAUGUACCGUUGGAUUUACCAGACCUCCCUGGAAUAGCAAAUGAUCUCCACUAUGAUAGUGACCUUACUUCAAGUAUAGCCCCUUCAGCUGAUGUAGCUCCGUCCAUAUUAGAGCUAGAUUUUGAUACUAGCAAUAAUCUACCAAAUAUUCCUCAAGAAAAUGGAGAAUGUGUGGAAUAUAAUGACAUUCCUGAUCAUAAAUUACCUCCUGUACCUCAGGAACUUCCUCUUAAACUACUUUCUCCUCCAAAAGAAGUUGCGAAACCUGAGUUAUUAGAAAUUACGAAGCCUUCAGAAUCCAUGUCUAGUCAUGUCAGUAGUGUCACUUUACCUUCUGUGGAUGAUGUUCGAUCCAGUUUGAUGGAAGCUAUUAGAAAUGCGGGAGGAAGUGGUAAAGCUAAACUGAAGUCUAUUCAAAAUAAAAAAGAGCAAGAAGUUGCCACCAAAGUACCUCAGGGUAAUGAUUUUAUGGCUGAUUUACACAACACAUUAUUCAUGAGACGCAAAGGAAUUUCAGGAGCAAAACAACUCCAUGAUACUUCUAUUGAUGCAGAUUCCACUUUAUCACGGAUAUCAUCUAUGAUUCCUCCACCUGAACCAAAACCUGAUCCUGAAUCUACAUCAAAUGAUGAAGAAGAGUGGGAUUGAUAAAAAGUGAGAUUAUAUUAAGGUUGUACAAAAACCUAAUAUAAAUCACAAAUAUCCAAAUUGUAUGUGAUGUGUAGUGUGUUCAGUAUUGUUAGUUAAAUCAACAGGAAGUCCAGGAUUUACAUUGUAAAAUCUGAUUUUAUAAUUUUUUUCACUGUAAUUCAUGUUUUGUUUAAAAUUUAAACUAUUUGUGUUGAUGUAUCUGUUUUUGUUCUAAUGUCACAUCUGUUUCAAGUAAAUGAAUAUGUAAAACAAA